UUGAUGUCUUUGAAAAUUUCAGAGGUCACCAGAAACCAUUUUUUCCAUCUUCUUUAUCGUUUCCAUCAUGUUGAUAGGACACAACAAUCAUCAUAUGAUGUCUUUCUUAGUUUCAGAGGUGAAGAUACCAGAAGCCAUUUUGCCAGUCAUCUUUAUCGUACUUUGUGUCAAAGGGGAGUGGUGAUCUUCAACGAUGAUGUUGAUAUGAGAAACGGGCUAAAGGUUACUGCUUCCCUUGUCAGAGUCAUACAGAAAUCUAGGAUGGCUAUCAUUAUUUUCUCCAGAAACUAUGCAUCCUCGGCAUUUUGUUUGAACGAACUUGUCCAAAUCCUCAAGUGUCAUGCAGAAGGGAGGAUGCGGAUUUUGCUAGUUUUUUAUGAUGUACAUCCAUCAGAAGUAAGAAACCAAAGUGGGAGUUACGGGGAAGCGUUUGCAAAGCACGAGGAAAGAUUCAAUUAUGAUAAAGACAAGUUACAAGAUUGGCGUUCGGCUUUGCGCAGUGCUGCUAAUUUCUCUGGUUAUCUUCACAAACGAAGGGAAGAACCUGAGGACGUGUUCAUAGAAAAGAUUACUGAAAGGAGAAUUGGCUGGAGAUGUUCUUCCUUCACCUUUAAUUCUGGCCGUAUGUGAGAAGCUGGGUUCUCGUCAACUCCUGAACUCUUU